GCGAAAUUCAAUAUGUACAUUGACUCAUGUCAGCUGUGAGAUCAGUAAUAUACAUUCUAUUAUAACCAUAACAUGGAUUAAUACAAAUGAAGUAGAGGGACUUGAUCACACCAUAUAUAUAGAAAUUGAGUCAUUCGUGAUAACCCAAACAUAGAGGUCUAACUGGAGGAGGAUGUGACCAUAGCGAGGGUGACCUCAAAGGUCACACCUUGCAAGAAAAUGAUCAUGGCGAGAAAAACCAAAACAAGAAUUUGGAGGAAUUAUGUUGCCGAAACUCUCAUAUGGGCUCUUAUCUAUACUGGCUGCUUAUUUGUGUUUCGUCAACAAGCAUCAUUUGUUGUGGCCGGUACCUCAGUGAAUAACAACGUAACAACAGCAGACACUAUAAAGCCGAAAGCUAUACCCAUACAGGAAGGAGAAUUACAACAUGUACCUAAAGAAAAACUUGCAAAAUUCACAAAAAAAUUCAAGUCACUCGUGGAGGAAAAUGAAAGGAUUGUUGAUGAGUAUAAGUCUCUUCUGGGAUACACAUUGGAUGUUGAAGUUGAGAAGGAACGAACAGAUCGACGAUUUGAUUGUAGAUUUACAAGCCCAAUAACAUCUGAAACAGUAGGUACACAUAUUGACACCUUGACUGAUUCUGACAGAACGCGAGUACAUUCCAAAACAAUGCACACACCCCUUAACCAAGAUGACCCAGACCAUGACAUGACAAUAGCAGUUGACAUGAACUCAAACGAUGAGUACAACAAGAACCUCCAAGUCAUCCCAAUAGUUGAGCAGUGUGACUCCUCGUCUCAGACCGAAUAUCUAGACAUGAUGGUGAUAAGUAGGGAGAAUAAAGUGAAAAUCGACAAGCUUCCACCAACUAAGUACUGGAAGGAAUUGAGAGCGAACCAACGACAGCAGUGGAAUAUAUGUCUCGUCAACGUGACCAACAACGACACAUUUGUAAAAGAUGCGUGUAUAGAAACAGAAGUGACUUCAACCAUUUCCUGUCAAACAGACGACGAGAUGUCAUCUAGCAUUUUUGACAACUAUAUUCAAGAAAGAUUCCUACAUGACCUUACAUUCAGCCCUCAAAAAUGUCGACUGUAUGAUGAUACAGGCACCGAGAAGCUAGAAGAUAUAGAAUUCUGGAAUGCUGAAGACGUCAAGUCAGUCUGGUCAGCUUCUUCCUCAAGUUCACGAUCUUCUCGAUCCAGAUGUGCCAGUCUGAGCUCAUUGACGUCCGGGGCUGAUAGUUUUGAACAGAUGUGUGGGACACCGGAUAAACUAAGUCACAAAUCGUUUAAUGAUAGCGCUAUCGAGCUUUGCAGCCUAAGAAGUCAAACAAGUUCACCCGGGGAAGCACAGCCCAAUAGUAAUCAGACAGAAAUAAUGGAAGUGAGACGCAGACCAAAACAGAAUAGACGAAGAAGUUCCCAGGAUAUCAACAACAGAGACAGUGCCAUCAGUAUGACGUUUACCGAUUCUGAGUCGAAUAUAAGCGAGAGCUUAAAUGAUAUGAAUCAGGGCGUAAACUUUGAUUUGGGAGAUUCCUUGGUACUAAGCCCAAAACAGGCCGAUAGAAACGAACUCAGAAGGGCCUAUAGACAGAAUCAUACUGAUGAAGAACGAUUAAAGUCAAAGAAGGAUUACAAUGGAACUAACAAACACACAUUUAAAGGAAACAAAAGUAUAGUUUCCGAGAUGGAACUAUUGACGAGUUCCGAUACUAGCACCCAGUACGAGAAGUUGGGGCAGAUGUCAAUAUCUUCCCAAUGUAGUGUUAAGUCGCGUGACAGUGAAACGCAAUAUGAACCCAAAGAAAUGAAACCCAUUACAAAUAACUGCGGAAUUCAGUGCUCCGGAGCAACGAGUGACGCAGACAUAACAGAGGUCGGAUCACAGCACGAAAAGUAUUGGUUGAGUCAGGGAACACAAUACGAGAUGAAUGAUAUACAGCACGACCUACCCGGGGUAUCUAUUAAUAGAAACACACCGAUAAGUAACUCCCCCAGAUUGAACAAAGAUGAGGUGACGAAGAACCAUUCGCGAGAAUCUAGUAACAGAGGGACCCAGAAAGACGCUGCUGUAGAAGAACAGACAAACGCAAAAGGGAACAUAGAAGGUCUUUCUAACAGCAUCAUAGAAACAUCUAACAGAACGCAAGAAUAUGAAGAUCAUGGAGAUGGAAAGGAUGAUGUGGACAACACAUCAAAUGAAACGACACCUGGUAAAUUGGCAAAACCUUUCUCGAGAGAAAAUCUUCUCAGGGUUCUUGAGGAAUCCUUCCCAGACGUUAAACAUCCGAGAUUCUUUUCCGAUAUUGUGGAAUAUGCCAUGAAUAUAUCUCCUAGAUUCGUUGCUAAGAAUAUGAAGCAAGGUGAGAAGAAGGAUAUAGAACAAGAAGAGAUAUAUGAAAACUUAAUAUUGGCAAAGACUGUUGAAGUGGGAAUUCCUAACAUGACUGAAACUGGUGUCCAAACGGAUAAAAUACCAUGGCUUGCGAGCCAACCAUUAAUUGACUAUCCUCCCAUGAGUCAGAUUAUUAGAGUUGUUAGACCAGGACCUCCCAUGGUAUUUGAACGAUGUAAACCAUACAAACCGAUUAUAUUCAGAAGAUAGAUACAUACGGCUUUGACGAUUUCUUACACACUUAACUAUUUAACUUAGUAAUAAGAAAAUAUUUUGGAAGAUAUAUUUUUUAGUUCUAGAUAAUACUUUUUGAACAAAGCUUAAAAUGGAACCUAUCAGAGAAGCUAAUAUAAAAGUAUGCUUGAGUUUUCUAAUGAUUGGACAUCGUUUGUGAUAGAAAAUGGCACAACCACCCAUUUAAUCAAGAACUAAAAAUACAACUACUUACGAAGUAAUAUUUACCUCUUAUUUUAUAC